AACAAUGUUACAUGACGGGCCAUUUUGUGGCAGGAAGAUGGUACUUUCUGCAGUUAAAUAAGGGUGACAUUCGAGAAAUAGGAAUUUGUUGAAUUGCAUUUUAUUUGCAGAUAAAAUCCAGGUAAUUUAAACACGACGUUAUCUUUUUGAAAUCUGUAAUUGACCACAGUGCCGUGAAAGAUGUCUGGCACAAGAAUGUUAACCUGACUCUUUACACGUGCGUCUCAAGCACGUUAGCAUCUGCUGUAGUGUAGCUAUCUGUAUGCGAAACCCUGCACACAGGCAAGUGAUCUACCCGUAAACUGGUUUACGUAAAGAAUCUGCUGGGCCAGAAUGGUUUAGGCUGUUUUCUGAGGUCUUUGGAUCCGUGAAGCAGGGCACAGACUUGGCUGUGAAGCUCACCAGCCUGAGAUGAGCACCUGCACGGCGGUCUGUUCCUUCGGCACGCGCUAGCGGGGGGGGGGGACAGGGGCCGGGGCCAUGUUGCGGCUGCGGAGUGUGUGUCGCUCCUCCUGGAGGCUCCUGCACCCCCGGGUGGCAGGCAGCGAUCAGGUGCUGGAGCAGCUCUUCGCCAGCGGGAGCGAGGAGCAGGUGCUGGACGUCGUGGGCAGGAACAAAGCCAAGCUGUCGGCGGCGCACGUGGGCCUGGCCGUGAGCCGGCUCUGGCAGUUCCAGAAGGAGAAGCCCCAGAUGCUGCGCACCCUGGAGUUUACCAGGACUCACCCGCAGUUCCUCGCCCUGUGCGUGCUGGCGGAAAACAAGGUGGAGCAGCUGCCGGACAGCGAGCUCGUGGACAUGCUGUACAACGUGCUCAGGCUGAGUGUGGAACCACAUGACUCUCUGGUCCAGGAACUUGUUACAGAAGGAUGGCGCAGAAUAGACAGGUUACCAAUGGCCCCGCUGUCCAAGUUUGCAAAUUGCUUAAAUGACCAGCACCUGAACUCUAGCCCUCUAAUGGGAGAAAUCACUGAGAUUGUAAGCCAGAAAUUGGACUCAGUAAAAGAUGCCAGGGUUCUGUCCAUUCUGAUGAUCGGCGUCUCAGCUCUUGUGUCUCCAAGGCUGCGGGACGCUCUCAUCCAGAAGAUGGAUUUCCUCCUGGACACCACGGGUCCCAUCCACUUCAACACUCCCAGAAGAGUCAUACAGUUCCUGCGCAACGUCAAGCACAGCUACAGGCCCUUGAUGGAGAAGUGCAACAGAAUCCUCUUGCGCAGUGCGAAGGAUCUGGAUGCUGAAAACAUCAGCAUCAUCCUCGGGCUUUAUCAGUCUCUGCAGUUCAAUAACUGUGACUUUCGACUGGCUGCUAAACGGAGACUUUCCGAGCUUCUCGAUUCCUGCACCGAUCCUGUGUCUUUUACCAGACUCUUUGCUGCGCUUGGACCCAUGGCUGGGCAGGAGACCAGGGAGAGGUUGGAAAGUUCUGCGCUGCUAUUGGCUGAAGAGUUGAACUCCCAGCAGGCACUGGCACUUGCAGAAACUAUGGAGGAAAUGGAGUGCAGAAACCUGCAGCUGAUUAACAAAAUUGGGACAAUCUUUUCCAAGAACUUGGAAGGAUACAAACCCGUGGAGAUUGCUAGGAUUACUCAGGUUCUGAUUCUGCUGCAUUACCAGAAUCCAGAGUUACUCACGAAGCUGAGGUGUUUUCUAGUGAGUCACCUGCAGGUCAGUGUAUUUCCCUAUGAGGUCACCAUGCUGACCCGAGUGCUCUCCAUGCUCCCCUCCCCCCGGCUGGAUGAGGAGGUGACCUCCCGUGUGGAUGAUCUCCUCCCGCAGUGCAACCUCAGCGACCUCAACACCUUUGCCACCGCCAUGGCCAAGUGGGUGCGCCACGACCCCUCCUACAGGCACGUGAUGCCCCGAGUGUACGUAAAGCUGCUCCAGAAGCUGAACCACUGCGGGCUGGAGAGGCUGCGGAAAGCGGACAGUCUGGACCUGCUGCUGGAAGAGCUCAAGUACGUUCCCGGGGAGUGGUUUGAGGAGGUGCUGCUCGAAGAGACCAUGCUCAGUUUGCAGCGGCUGAUAGAUCAGAUCUCUUGGAGCAAUGUACCUGAACUGGCAGUUUUCCUGACCCGAACCAACCACCUAUGCACACCGCUGCUGGACAGAAUUGCCAGUGUUAGCAUGGAGCACAUUGAAAAGAUUCAUUAUUCAGCAAUGUAUGCCACCAUCCUCCCCUUCACUGUACUGAAUUAUGAUCCCCCACAAGGUGACGAGUUUUUCGACGCCUGCAUCCAGCACUUGAGACCCCAUAUAAGCUCGUUUGAUCCCCACCUGCUGGUGCUGCUGGCAUAUUCUUUGGCAGUGGCUGAUUGCUUCCCAGAAGAUGUGAUUCGAGAAAUCUUUAAUGUGGAUUUCUUGGCUAAGCUGGACGCACAGUUAGAAACUCUUCCUGACGCCCUGAACAUGCGAAUAAGAUUGAGGCUGAUGGAGCUGAACAGAGCCGUCAGCUUAGAAUGCCCAGAAUUCCAGAUCCCCUGGUUCCACGAGAGAUACUGCCAGCAGCUCCUGAAGAAAGGUAAUGGUUCUGUCACUGCAGUCCAGCAGCAAAUUCAUAAGAUGCUGGGGGAGAUUCUAGGAGGAAUGAGUUAUGCCAAAGUGUCUGUACUCACGCCUUAUUUCUAUGUAGUCGAAUUUGAAUGCAUCUUGGACAGAAACAAGAAGCCUAUCCCUUACGUGGAGCACAGCAGGUUGCUGAUCACAGAAGAAGGGAAGGUGCAGUGGGGUCCUGGCAGUCCUGUGAACGACAGAAGUGAACUUCCGCCGGGAGCUCAGCGUGUUGCUGUGGAUUUCCUUGACUCUAAAUCCUUCUGUAAAAAUUCCCGUCACAUGAAAGGAGAGGCUGUGAUGAGAAAGAGGCACCUAGAGAUCCUGGGAUACAAUGUAGCUCAGAUUCCUCACUUUGAAUGGAAUUCAAUGGAACUCUCAACACGGGACGCUUGGAAAGAAUACCUACGAAAGAAGAUAUUUUCAGAAAAUUCUUAAAUGGAUUCAGUUUUCAUAUCAUAAUAAAAGACUUGUUUUUAA